AUGGCAAUAUCGCUGGACCGCCAGACGGUGUCUAUAUACGCAGGAGCGGCUCUUCUGAGGCUGCUUGUCUUCGUGGCCUUCCCAGAUCUGUCCGACUUUUUGGGCAGUCAAGUCGAGAUCUCAACGCCGAUAUCCAGCUUCAAAAGAUUACAAGAAGGCCUGUUCUUAUAUCAACAUGGCCUAUCGCCCUACGAUGGCGGGGUGUACCAUCAAGCACCGUUACUUCUGGUCAUCUUCGAGAUCCUGCCCUCGGCGCUGGUCUUUGUUGCAUUGGACAUCCUGAACGCCGUCUCCCUGCAUACGAUUGCGAACAACCUGGAUAUUCCGUCGCGGCGGUUCAGAAAGCUCGACGGCACCCUGAUUGCCGCAGCUUAUCUUUUCAACCCCUUCACAAUUUUAUCCUGCCUAGGGAAGAGUACCAGCAUCUUCACGAAUACCGCCAUCAUUCAAGCGGUCUUCAACGCUCAAUCGGGCAACCCGCUUCGAGCAAUGUUCAGCCUCGCCAUAGGGACAUAUCUGUCCAUGUACCCCGGUCUACUUUUACCGCCAACGCUCCUCAUGAUCCUCAAGAACAAGGAUCAGCCUGCAUCGCUGGCCUCACUGGUCAUGUCAUACAUCGGAGCCCUUGCAGCACUACUCUCCACGACUAUUAUCUUGACCGACGGCUUCUGGGACUUCCUUUCGUCCUGUUACGGAGCACAGCUUACAGUCACGGAUCUGACGCCGAACGUCGGAUUGUGGUGGUACUUCUUCAUUGAGAUAUUCGAUUCCUUCCGAGACUUUUUCAUCGGAGUUUUCUGGUUACAUCUGGUGGGAUACGUGGGAGGCUUGACCUUCCGACUUCAGAGCCAACCACUCUUUGUCAUCACCAGUCUUUUGGGGUUAUUCGCCAUUUUCAAGCCGUACCCAAGUAUAGCGGAUGUCUCGUUGUACCUUGGCUUCCUGCCCAUGUACUCGCACAUUCUACCUUUGACGCGGUACACGUUCAUCGCAGCUUCAGUCCUGUUGUAUUCGACGCUCCUUGGCCCGGCCUUCUACCAUUUAUGGAUUUAUGCUGGGUCUGGCAAUGCCAAUUUCUUCUAUGCCAUCACUCUGGUCUGGAGUUUAGGGCUCACCAUUCUCGUCGGAGACACGCUGUUCGCUGUUUUGCGUGAUGAAUGGGAAAUAGAGAGGCCGGAAAUGAAGGGCAAAAGCGUCCGCCAAAUAUAA